CUAGGGGGGAAGGAGGGUUAUGGAUGAUGCCGUCAGCGACGCUGCUGCUGUUAAUGAUGACAUCAACGUUCAUGGUUGGAGAAUGCGACGGCUCUGUGUGGAGGCUUCCGGAUACGACGAAGCCCCGAUCGAGCUUUGAUCUUGAUCGGGACGCGUCGUGGUUGGGACGGCCGAGGAGAAGACCGCUUGCGGAGAGGAUGGCGACCGGUCUGUGCGGCGGGGACAGUGAGUGUGGGAAGAGGGGGGCAGAAGUAUCUGGACAUCGGGAACAAGUGGACGCUGAUUCCGCCACGUCAUCACUCAUUAGAAGAAGCCGAGAAGCGGUGGUAAUUAUGGAGGAGAAUGAAGAGGAGGGAGGAGAAGAGAGGAGGGAGGAGGAGGGGGAGAAGGGAGCGGAAGAGAGGAGAGUAGGGAACGUUGAUGACUUCCGAUCCCGAUUUCAGGUCGAGAAGGGGCAUAGUAAUCAGCCCUAUGGUGAUGGUAAGGAUGGAGAUCGAGAAGACCUGCGGCGAUGGAAGGAAGAGGAUGGAGGAAGACGAGUCGGGAGUGAUGCUGGUUAUGGCGAUGAAGAGGGUCUGGGCGAGAUCGAGAGAGAAGCAGGACACAGAGGGCAAGGAGGAGGAGGAGGAGGAGGGGGAGGAAGAGGAGGAGGAGGUAGAAGAGAGCUUGAGGGUAAAAGCUUGGUGAUUGAAAGAUCUGUGAGGGACAAGGACCAGGUGGUACUAGUAGGAAGAGGAGGAGGAGGAGAAGGAAGAGGAGAAGGAGGAAGAGGAGGAGGAGGAAGAGGUGAAAGAAGAGAGCUUGGAAGAAGUACUGCUGCAAUCGCGAGAUCGGUGGCGAUGAGUCGUACGGUUCAGCAAGCUUUGGGAAAUGGAGGAGGAGGAGGAGGAGGAGGAGGAGGAGGUAGAAGUCGAGGAAAAGAAGAAUCCUUAGCAGCAAUAGAGGAGGAGGAGGAGGAGGAGGAGGAGGAGGUAGAAGGAAGAGAGCUACGAGGUAGUGGCGAUGUGAUGGAGAAAUCGGUUACUGAUGAGUCGUUGUUUCAAGAAGCUUUGAGAGAAGCUCAUCUAUACCCUGCGAUCGUGUUGAGAUUCGAAGCGGAUGUGGUGUUAACGAAAGACCUACCUAUGGUCGUAUCCACUGCCAAUGUUACUCUACAAGGUCAGUGUUCUGCCAGACCCUGUAUCAUUUGGGGACAGAGGGUCAUCUUCUCGAAUCACACCUAUGGCUCUCUUCAGGUGUACGACCUCAAGUUCAUGAACAUCUCGGUGAUCUUCCACAAUUCCAAUCUGACGAUGCGCAACUGUGUGUUUGAAAACUGCACCAAAUUCCAAUUAACUUAUCUGCCCAGGCAGGUACCGAACCCUCGAUCUCUGCGGGUAGAUAACUGCACCUUUCUGAACAAUGUGGGCGGCAUCGUGUUCAGCAACGUCGGCGACGUCACUUGUAUUUCCAAUUCCAAGUUCAUAAGCUACCAGAACGACGCGCCGGCGUUGGCAAUGAACAUAAUGCCCGGAUACACCGGUCGGGAUCGGGAGGUUAGGGUGUCGAAUUCCCUGUUCAAAUCGACAAAAGGAGGGGUGUAUUUGUCGUUUAGCGAUCCAGGGUGCAACAUCGACGUGGUGUUCAAGGACACCGCGUUCGUAUCCCGACAGCUAGAUGUGAGAGAUGUCACCGUGGUACUUAAUUCCUCCUCCGCCUCCUCAGGUUCGGCCGCUCUGGAUGGUCAUCGAUCUGCUCCUCCAGCGACGCCUGGCUCGGUGGACCCCAAUUGGACAGGGAAUGGGACCGGGAUCCCGACUGCAGGAACGCAGAGGCUGAGGCUUUGUAGAGCAACUUUCUCGUACGAGGCCCACGAGGCUCUGCCUCCGUUCGAUGUGGAGGUCAGGCUCAUUAGUGGACCGAGAUUGGACCUCGAGCUUUGCGCGAACGAUUCUGUGGCGGUGCCACGUGUCGAGGGCCCAGGCACUGCACUCAACAUCACCACCAACUGCACCAGUUGCGAGCCGGGGACUCCGUGCGUCCUCUCAUACAAGGAGAGGAUCCAACGGGACGACGAUGGUCAGAUCAACAAGGGCCUACUGGCUGCCAUUAUCGUGAGCAUCAGCGUGUUGGUGGUCGUGUCAUCUGGAGUGUUUUUCUUUUUGCUCAAAGGUGUCAGGAGGGAGGGAUUUAUGAGCAAGAAGAACAAGCUCGCGGAAGGAUCGCAAAGUCACCACCAUGCGCAUUUGCAGCGUUUGCACAUUUUCGAUCUGAAAAGCCUGCAAGCGGCAACCGAGAACUUCAGCAACAAGAUUGGCGAAGGGGGUUCAGCCAUUGUCUACAGAGGCAAAUUGAGGACUGGCGAUGAGGUGGCCGUGAAGGGCUUGAAGGCCGGCUACUGGAGGAGCGAGCGAGAGUUUGUUCAUGAAGUCAAUCUGCUGGGAAAGCUCAGUCAUAAGAACUUGGUGAUGCUAAAGGGCUACUGCAUUGAAAAUAAUCGCUUCUUUUUGGUCUACGAGUUUGUACACAGAGGGACUCUGCAUUCUUACAUUCACAAGAACUCGAAAGUGAAUGUGAAAUUGGAUUGGGGAGCGAGGUUCAAGAUUGCGUCCGAGGUGGCAUCCGCGCUGGAGUAUCUUCACCAUUCAUUGGAAAACCCAUUGGUUCACCGGGACAUUAAGCCGGGCAACGUUCUGCUCACCACCAACUUUACUGCCAAGGUUGCAGAUUUCGGCCUUUGCCGCAUGGUGGAGCUCGAGGACGCCUCUGAUAAGACUCAGCCGGCAGGGACCCCUGGUUAUAUACCUCCAGAGAUUUUCAGCGGAGAGGGCGUGUCUGAGAAAGUGGAUGUCUACAGCUUUGGAGUUGUGAUACUGGAGUUGCUGACCGGCAAGCAUGCUGUCCACAGAAAUUUCUCCUUGAUUAAAUGGGUCGCAUCGAAUGUUGAAGAUGCAGACACGGCGAUACUUGCCUGUGACCCAGUCAUUCAGGACAAUGCUGAUCCGGGGCAGAUAUUUUUGAUGAUGAAGAUUGCAAUGCGAUGUGUGGACGAUGAUCCCGAGACGAGGCCGACGAUGAAGAAUGUGGUUCGCGCGUUCGAGAAGAUGGCACCUUUUAUUCCGGAAAGCCCCCUAAUGAUGGACACGGAUAUCAACAGCGAGACGUCAAUCGACACACCCAGAGGGCGUCUCAUUGCGCAUCGCGGCAUGGAAUGGUCAUCUUCUGACGAAACGCAUACAAACGCUAAAACCAGGACAAGUUUUGGGGAGGUGGUCCUCUUGCGAAUCUUGCGGUUAGGGAAAGUUGCUGGGAAGUUGGAAUCCUUCACGGAGAUCGACGAGACACAUCUUCUCGUGGAAAGCGGAUUGGACACCGAAGGCGGCGAUGCUGACCGCGGCCCAAGGGAGGCGAAAAACAACUACUCUCGUAAAGGUUGGAAUGCAGGUUUUGAACGCAUGAUGAUGAUCUUCAGGUUGGAAAGCAGCGAUAUCGACCCAAGGGAAUGGAGAAAGUUUGUCCGAAGUUGGGGGCUGCGGUUUUCUCGUUCCCCGAUGAUGACAGGAAAUGCUUGGUCGGACCUCGUCGCUGAUUUGCAGGCAGCAAAGAUAGAGAGAGCGACUACUGCAGGCAGGCAUGCGAAGGUUGCGCUAAUGCUGCUGCAGCAGAUCAGUGGAUCACGAGUUCGAAUCCCGAGGGUUACGUGUUCUUGCAAUUCUCUUUUUGGCAAUUUGCAACGGCGGUCCGUUGAGAACGUAUCUUUUGCGGCAACGUAAUCGCAUUCGUCCGGAUCGAUUCAAGACUGGCUGAUGACGAGUUCAAACUUCAAAUCGCAUGCGGGUUAGGUUGCAUUGUGACAUG